AUGGAAGGAAAGGAGAAUUCCAUCACACAGAACGCUGUCCCUUCUGCGGAUAAUGGUACGUCGCACGCCCUCAACCCCGAGUGCGCGCGGUACGGGCAUGAUACGCGGAUCCGCGCCCGCGGUCUGUGUUUCCUCAUCUACUGCUUCCCAUUCAGUAUGAUCUACUUUAUCGCGCGGAAGCAGGUCACGUGUGGGCGCUGCGGUAUGAAGGUCGCUCCGCAGGGUAUCCUGGAUUAG